GUGCAAUGAAAUGUAUUCAUUCCAUGAAUAUUUAUUGAUUGCCUACUAAGUGGAUGGGGCAACAGUCUAAGCACUGGGAGUGAACAAGACAGACAAAAGCCCAGCCCUGGGAGGAGUGAGGCGGACAUCCUAGCAGAGGCAGACAGACCGUAAAAUACAAACAUCAUCCCGACUCAAUGGACAUGAAUUUGAGCAAACUCUGGGAGAUGGUGAAGGACAGGAAAGCCUGGCGUGCUGCGGUCCAUGGGGUCGCGAAGAGUGGGAUACGCCUGAAUAACAACAGCAACGUAAGUAAAUUACAGAGUGGUACAGUCCAAUAAAGAUAGGAUGUGAGCCAUAAAUGUGAUUUAAACGUUUCCAGUGGUACCAUUAUAACAGUAAAAAGAAAUGAGUGAAAUUAAGGUUUCUAAUUUUUAAUGUAAAAUGUUCAAAAAUGUAGUUUUAAGAUUAAAAACUUUUGGGACUUCCCCAGCAGUCCAGUGGUUAAGGCUCCUUGCUUCCAAUGCAGGGGGCAUGAGUUCAAUCCCUGGUUGGGGAACUAGGGGUCCCAUAGGCCACUGGAGUGUGGCCAAAAUUUUUUUUUUAAAUACACACACACACACACAAAAAUUAAAAACUUUCACCUAAAAUAUUGUUGUUUCGGCCAGAGGCAUCAGCUACAUUUCAGGUGCUCAAUGGCCACAUGGACUUGAUGGUUGCUGGAUGCGUCAAGUGAGCGCAAAAAUGAAGACUUGGCCAGCACCCUUUUCCCUCUGCUGGCCUGGCCUGGUCUGCCUCGAGAGCCUCCUGGCCACAUGCCACCUUCUCCCUUCCACUGUUGGCAAGCAUGACCCAGGUUCCACAGACCCCUGAGAGGUGCCCCAGCCUGGGGGAGCCUCAGGACCACCCUGCCCACUCCAGGCAACGGUGUGCACCCCUCGUUCUGGGGGCUUACGGCCACCCCAGGGAACAGACAGCAGGAAGUUUUGUCCAGGCUCUUACUGGAAAAGGGAAGAGGUGGGUCAGGGGGUGUGAGGAUGAGUUUUUGUCCAGCGCUGGGAUCAUUGGGAAGUGAGGGAGGGCUGGAACCUGCCGCUAUUUAAAAUUUGAUAUUUUUUGUUCAUCAGAUUUUUGGCAUUAAUUAAGAAAUAUAUUUUAUUCAUAUAUUAUAAAGUUUGUCCAUUUAAAGUGCAAAAUUCAGCGGUUUUUAGUAAAGUCACAGAGUUGUGUAACAUCACUCAAUCAAUAUUAGAACAUUUCCAUCGUUCCCAAAGAAACCUUGCUCCCACCAAGUAGCCAUUCCCUGUCCCCACCCCCAUCCCUCCAAACCCUGGUGGCCAUGAAUCCACUUUCUGACCCAUAUAGACUUGCCUAUUCCGGAUGUUCCCUAUACGUGGGGUCGUACAAAUAGAUGGCCUUUUGUGUCUGGCUUCUUUUCACUUAGCAUAAUGUCUUCCAGACUGACACCUAUUGUAGUAUGAAUCAGGACUUUACUCCUUUUUGCUGUGUAUGCUCAGUCGUGUCCAACUCUUGGCGACCCCACGGACUGUAGCCCACCAGGCUCCUCUGUGCAUGGGAUUCUCCAGGCAAGAAUACUGGAGGGGGUUGCCAUUUCCUUCUCCAGGGGAUCUUCCCAACUCAGGGAUCGAACCCAGGUCUCCUGUGUCUCCUGCGUGGCAGAUGGAUGCUGAGCCAUCAGAGAAGCCCUCACUCCUUUUUAUGGUCAAAUAAUAUGCCAUUGUAUGGAUGGACCAGAUUUUUUUUCUAUGCAUUCUUUCCAUGAUGCAUAUUUAUGUUUUUUUUAUUUUUUGGCUAUGGUGAAUUAUUCUGCUGUGAACAUUCAUGUGCAGGCUUUUGUGUGGACAUUUCUUUUAAAUUAUUUUAAGGUUUGCAUUAAUUUAGAAUUUUUAAUAUCCUUAUAUAAACUAUUAUUUUACCUAGAUUUACUGAGUUCUUCCAUCAUCCCCUUGAAAUUUGCGCCUGAGUCAAGAACUUGAGUAGUCUCACCCUGCUUCCACCCUGCAGGUCCUGUCCCUGCUAGCUGUGUGACUUUGGGUGAGUUGCUUACCCUCACAGAACCUCAAUUUCCUCCUCUGUAAAAUGGGCAUAAUCCCUGUGCCCACUCACAGCUGUUAGGGGGCUUCACGGAGGUAAUGAAGUGAGUUACAGACCCGGUCCACAGCAGACGUGAGCCAACGCGUUUUUCCUCCUGGGAAGGCCUGGUGCCCGGGCUGGCUGUGGGGAGCGUCCCCAGAUGGAUGUGACCAUCCCCUGCCCAUGAGGAGAGUUGGCCCAACAGCCUGGAAAUCCUUGCUGCUUCUGUUCCCAAGGGGAACCUGCGUUUUGGUUCUCUGGCUCCAGCCUGACCCACUACGAGGUCCUGAGGGGGUGGGAUUGGAUGCUGGUCACCCGGAGGACUCCCCGGUUCCCAGCUCCUUGCGCCCCAGCUGUGUGGGUCCCCCAUCGCCGCCUCCCCCACCUCCACUCUGCCCAUUCCCGUGGAAGGCCGCGGCUCUACCACUCUCUGCUCUGCCAUGAGGCCUGCACCGCGCAGGGUGAAGUCCAAAGUUCAGUCCCUUCGCUAAGCACACGGAUAAAUAUGAACCUUGGAGAAUUUCCCCAGCUCCAAUGUAAACAGAGCGGGCAGGGGCCCUGAUUCACUGGCCACUGGGGCCAGGGUUGGGGGUUGGGGGUGCCCACAGGGCUUGGCUAGUGGGGUUUGGGGGGGCAGCGGGUACAAGGAGCCUGGCUGGGGCCUGCCUGCGGGCCGGCCAGCACGGAGCCAGCCCACGCGGUCGGGGGAGGCGGCCGGCUCGGUGGCCCUGGGCCGCGUGGCCCGGCGCUACUGGAGCCAUGGUUUCUAAACUGAGCCAGCUGCAGACGGAGCUCCUGGCGGCCCUGCUCGAGUCAGGCCUGAGCAAAGAGGCGCUGAUCCAGGCGCUGGGUGAGCCUGGGCCCUACCUGCUGGCUGGAGAUGGCCCCCUGGACAAGGGGGAGUCCUGCGGCAGUGGCGGUGGCCGAGGGGAGCUGGCCGAGCUGCCCAAUGGGCUGGGGGAGGCCAGGGGCUCGGAGGACGAGACGGAUGACGAUGGGGACGACUUCACACCACCCAUCCUCAAGGAGCUGGAGAGCCUCAGCCCGGAGGAGGCGGCCCACCAGAAGGCCGUGGUGGAGACCCUGCUGCAGGAGGACCCGUGGCGCGUGGCCAAGAUGGUCAAGUCCUACCUGCAGCAGCACAACAUCCCGCAGCGGGAGGUGGUCGACACCACCGGCCUCAACCAGUCGCACCUGUCCCAGCACCUCAACAAGGGCACGCCCAUGAAGACGCAGAAGCGAGCCGCCCUCUACACCUGGUACGUCCGCAAGCAGCGAGAGGUGGCCCAGCAGUUCACCCACGCUGGCCAGGGUGGGCUGAUUGAAGAGCCUGCGGGAGAUGAGCUACCAACCAAGAAAGGGCGCAGAAACCGUUUCAAAUGGGGCCCAGCAUCCCAGCAGAUCCUGUUCCAGGCCUACGAGAGGCAGAAGAACCCCAGCAAGGAGGAGCGGGAGGCACUGGUGGAAGAGUGCAACAGGGCGGAGUGCAUCCAGAGAGGGGUGUCGCCGUCGCAGGCCCAGGGGCUGGGCUCCAACCUCGUCACAGAGGUGCGUGUCUACAACUGGUUUGCCAAUCGCCGCAAGGAGGAAGCCUUUAGGCACAAGCUGGCCAUGGACACGUACAGCGGGCCGCCACCGGGGCCAGGUCCCAGCCCCGUGCUGCCUGCCCACAGCUCCCCUGGCCUGCCCCCGCCCGCCCUCUCACCCAGUAAGGUCCACGGCGUGCGCUAUGGACAGCCUGCCACCAGUGAGGGGGCGGAAGUGCCCUCCAGCAGCGGCGGUCCCUUGGUGACGGUGUCUGCACCCCUGCAUCAAGUGUCUCCCACCGGCCUGGAGCCCAGUCACAGUCUGCUGAGCACAGAGGCCAAGCUGGUCUCAGCCACUGGGGGCCCCCUGCCCCCGGUCAGCACCCUGACAGCACUGCACAGCUUGGAGCAGACAUCCCCAGGCCUCAGCCAGCAGCCUCAGAAUCUCAUCAUGGCCUCGCUUCCCGGGGUCAUGGCCAUUGGGCCUGGAGAGCCUACCUCCCUGGGCCCCACGUUCACCAACACGGGAGCCUCCACCCUGGUCAUUGGCCUGACCUCCACGCAGGCACAGAGCGUGCCGGUCAUCAACAGCAUGGGCAGCAGCCUGACCACCCUGCAGCCCGUCCAGUUCUCGCAGCCGCUGCACCCUUCCUACCAGCAGCCACUCAUGCCCUCUGUGCAAAGCCACGUGGCCCAGAGCCCCUUCAUGGCCACCAUGGCCCAGCUGCAGAGCCCCCACGCCCUCUACAGUCACAAGCCCGAGGUGGCCCAGUACACCCACACGGGCCUGCUUCCGCAGACCAUGCUCAUCACCGACACCACCAACUUGAGCGCCCUGGCCAGCCUCACGCCCACCAAGCAGGUAAGGCCCGGGCCGGCCCCGCCCGCCCACGGGCCCUGCCCCAGUGCCCAUCUCGGGGGGGCUCAGGAGCUGCUCUUCCGCCAGGUCUUUACCUCAGAUGCUGAGGCCUCCAGCGAGUCCGGGCUUCACACGCCGGUGUCUCAGGCCACCACCAUCCACAUUCCUGGCCAGGACCCUGCUGGCAUCCAGCAGCUGCAGCCCACCCAUCGGCUCAGCGCCAGCCCCACCGUGUCCUCCAGCAGCCUGGUGUUGUACCAGAGCUCCGACUCCACCAAUGGCCAUGGCCACCUGCUGCCGUCCAACCACGGUGUCAUCGAGACCUUCAUCUCCACGCAGAUGGCCUCUUCUUCCCAGUAACCAUGGCCUCCCAGGGGCCCUGGAGCCUCCACAGUCUGCUGGAGGGGUGACCAGGACAUCUGAAGCUGCAAACCUUUACUGCUCACUGGCCACCUGCUCAUCCCUGGAAAACUGUGCCACAGUCCCUGUCCCCAUCCUGCCAGCUUCAGAAACGGGGGCUUCUGAGAAGGGUUGCUUCAGUGCACAAGUGGGGGCCAUGGAGAGCUGGGGAGCAGAGCCUGUUCCUGGUGGGACACUGGGAGGGACUGUCCCUGCUGUCCAGGGUAAAUCCUGUCGCUUGGAACACAACCACCCCGAGGCUGGGAGCCCUUGCACCCCGCAGGGAACUGCCAGCCGCACUUCUCAGGACAGCAGCCCGUGCAGCUGGCAGAGGUCAUAGGUCAUUGUGGCCCCAACUCUGUCACCUAUGCCCCAAUCAGGCCACUCCACCCAGCCCCCCUGCUAUUAACCGCACGCCUCUUUGGACCUACCUGUCCCCCACUCACCUGAGCCUCACCUGAGUGGCUCCUCUGGGCUGGGGCCUGGGGAAACGCAGGCCUCUCCAGCUUUCCUCAUCCGGAGCCAAACCUCUCCCCGACCUGUGACCUCCGGUUUUCUUCCACGUUUGUCCCCCCUGAGCACCACACCUUCUGAGGCCAGCCUGGCAUCCUGCCUCUGGAAAGCCUCCACCCCUGCAGGCCUAGGCGUCGCCCCUGCCCCUGGCGGGAGCCUGGUGCCAAGCUGAGGCCUUGGGAUGGCAGACCCUUCCCGGCUCAGUGAAGCUGCUGAGCUAAGAAAGCAGCAAGGCCGGGGAAGCCAGAGCUGAGGGGCCCAGAGGGAGAAGAGAGGCAAGAUCAGUGGAGGGGUUGCGCCUGGGAGCUAGGGCCAGCUGGCUGAGGGGAGGGGUUCCCAGCCGCCCCCCCCCAACCCCAAGGAGGCUGAGGUCCUGAGCAACAAGGCAGCCGUAUCAGCCCAGGGCUCACGUGCCCUCAUCUCCCCCCGGGGGCUGCUGCAGAUAACCCAGCCCUCGUAGACCACCUCCAUCCUGGACUGAGGACGGGGCGAGGGGAGAACCAGCAUCAGUGCAGCCUGCAGUCAGCUGAGAGCGAGCCUGUACAUCUAUUUAACUUUUAGUAAAGUAAACAUGGACUGUGUCGAA